UUCUAUUUUUGGAGAGAACAGUCAGCACUUUUAGGGUUUGUGUUAAUGUUUGAGUAAUUUGGUGGGGACGAAGUACUGGUGCACUAUUUGGUUGCUUCCCGUAGCUCAUCUUCUCCCUUUUUCUGGAUUUAUUUCUCUCUGGGCUGCGCUUCUGAGUUGGAAAUCAAUCUCUCUUGUGAUGGGUUUGAGAGGGUGCACCUAUUGAACAAGGAGUUGAGUUGAUUGAAAUAUACACAGGGUCUGAUGAGUCUACCACCGAAGCGUGGGAAGCAGGACAAGGGCACGGAUGUCGCUGAGAAGGCUGUCGUCGCUGUGAAGGCAUCCAAGGAAAUUCCCAAGACGGCCCUUGUGUGGGCUUUGACUCACGUUGUUAAGCCGGGGGACUGUAUAACGCUUCUGGUCGUGGUUCCUGCACAGAGUUCGGGUAGAAAGCUAUGGGGUUUUCCAAGAUUUGCAGGAGAUUGUGCCAGUGGCCACAGGUAUCACUCUGGAACCAGCUUAGAGCACAAGUCUGAUAUUAAAGACUCCUGUUCCCAAAUGAUGCUUCAACUACAUGAUGUAUAUGAUCCAAACAAUGUAAAUGUCAAAAUAAAAGUUGUCUCUGGAUCGCCAUGUGGAGCAGUAGCUGCAGAAGCCAAGAGAGCUGAAGUUCACUGGGUGGUAUUGGACAAACAGCUGAAGCAUGAGGAGAAACGCUGCAUGGAAGAGCUGCAAUGCAACAUUGUGGUUAUGAAACGUUCUCAGCCUAAAGUUCUUCGUCUCAAUUUGGUUGGGUCACCUACAAAGGAACCUGAAGUUGCCUGUCAAUUGCCUUCUGAAUUUGAAGAAGCAUCAGAAAAACAUUCAAAAGGCAGCAGUGAAUCUCAGAAUUCCAUUCGAGGGCCGGCGGUAACUCCAAGUAGCAGUCCAGAGUUUGGGACACCAUUUACUGCAACUGAAGCCGGAACAUCUUCCUUAUCGAGUGAAGAUCCAGGAACUUCACCAUUUUUCAUUUCCGAAAGAAAUGGAGAUGUGAAGCAAGAGGAGUCCAUAGCCACCAAGGAAAGCUUUAACCUGGAAGAAUCUAGCUCAGACACGGAAAGUGAAGAUUUGAGUCCUUCAACGAGUUUCGGAUUUAAGCCAUGGAUGGAAGAAAUUCUGAAUUCUGGCCGCCAAUUGUCAAAGAAUGUUGAAGGGAGCUCACAGAGAAUCAAUGAUAAAUCACAGACCUCUACAGCUAAAGCAUUACUAGAGAAAUUCUCAAAACUCGAUCGAGAAGCUGGAAUUGGAGUAAACUAUAGGCCUGAUUUUGACUACAGUGGAAAUGUAAGAGAAGCUGUUUCACUAUCCAGAAAUGCACCUGCUGGCCCACCUCCGCUUUGUUCAAUAUGUCAGCAUAAAGCACCUGUAUUUGGAAAACCUCCAAGGUGGUUUAGCUAUGCUGAACUAGAACUUGCUACAGGUGGAUUUUCACAAGCAAAUUUCUUGGCCGAAGGUGGGUUUGGGUCUGUACACAGAGGUGUCCUGCCAGAUGGUCAGGCAAUUGCAGUUAAGCAACACAAACUGGCUAGUUCUCAGGGGGAUCUUGAGUUCUGCUCAGAAGUGGAAGUUCUAAGUUGUGCACAGCACCGAAAUGUUGUGAUGUUGAUUGGGUUCUGUGUUGAGGACAGAAGAAGGCUGCUAGUCUAUGAAUACAUCUGCAAUGGAUCACUGGACUCUCAUCUAUAUGGAAGAAAUCGUGAUCCAUUAGAAUGGUCUGCACGACAAAAAAUUGCAGUUGGAGCUGCAAGAGGGUUACGCUAUCUUCAUGAAGAAUGCAGGGUGGGCUGUAUAGUCCACCGUGAUAUGCGGCCAAACAAUAUCCUCAUAACCCAUGAUUUUGAACCACUGGUUGGAGAUUUUGGCCUGGCAAGGUGGCAGCCAAAUGGAGACAUGGGUGUGGAAACAAGAGUGAUUGGAACAUUUGGGUAUUUGGCUCCAGAAUAUGCCCAAAGCGGCCAGAUUACAGAAAAGGCUGAUGUGUAUUCCUUUGGAGUGGUACUGGUGGAGCUUGUUACAGGGCGGAAAGCGGUUGACAUAAACCGGCCCAAGGGCCAGCAGUGCCUUACUGAAUGGGCACGCCCUUUAUUAGAAGAAUAUGCCAUUGACGAAUUGGUGGAUCCACGCUUGGGCAACCGGUAUUCAGAACAUGAGGUUUAUUGCAUGCUACAUGUUGCAUCCUUGUGUAUCCGGCGAGAUCCCCAUUCUAGGCCUCGCAUGUCUCAGGUACUUCGGUUACUGGAGGGUGAUAUGUUCAUGGAGUCCCAUUACAUGUCAACACCUGGGUAUGAUGCCGGUAGCAGAAGUGGAAGGAUGUGGCCUGAGCUGCAGCAGCAACAUCACCAAUCUUACAGUGGUCCUCUAAUGAAGGAAGCAUCAGAGGGAUUAGGAGCAACCCUCUCCUAUGAGGCAUUGAAGUCAGCUGUCUGGGAGAGAGAAAAGGCAAGGAGGGCUUCGUGCAGGGAUGAUCUGUGAAACAAUAAAACAUGCUACACACGUAAGAUAAAUAUUUGUAUUUCUUUUUUCUUUUUCUUGUUCUUUUUAGUACUUGGUACGGUCAGAUUUUUGCUUGUACAGUAUUUCUGAUUCAAUUGUUGGGAAGGAGACGAAGGGAACAACUGUUACUAAAAUGCCAAUGGCACACUUUACUUAUAGUUUCCUGAAU